ACUAGUCUAAUGUGAUCCAGCUAUCUGUCUAAUAUACCACGCAGCUCACCGCAUUAUGUAGCUUUUGGUGAUUUGUUUAUGACAGUUUACGAGCUGUGUAAAAUUGUCAUAAUAAGGAUCAUGUCAUAUGAUCUAGCUAGCUGACAGCAUUGCCUGUGUUGUAUAGACAUAGAGCUGUCAUUCUCUAAUUUAUUUGCAGUUGUAUUAGUUGUUGCAAUAUUGUAUCCUGAAACUGAACUAAAGUUACUUAAGAAGCAUGAAGUUACGGGUGAGAUUGAACAAACAGACCAGCCGCUUGGCGCUGGAGGGAGAGGACCCAGCGCUCUCGGAGCUGUGCGUCCACAUCAGGGAGCACCUUUUGCCGUCCUGUGGCCUCAGCCCAGAAGCGGAGUUCACUCUCUCCCUCAAUGGAGCGGAGUCACUCUCAGACACGGGGCAGACCCUCUCCUCCUGCGGCAUCGUUUCGGGGGAUUUGAUCUGCGUGAUUCUGCACCAGCCUAGUCCUGCGGCCUCGCCCGUGACCCCCGCCCCCGGCAUCAGCAGCCCCGUCCCAGCGAGGGAGCCUCACGAGGAGAUCAGGCGCCCGGAGUUGCCCAGCACCAGUGGGUGUCAGGUGGAAAUGAAGGAGGCGGAGCAUGAUCAGGAGGCGGAGCAGCACUACCAGGAGGCGGAGCUAGAGGAGGAACAGGGGGCGGAGACUGGCCCUUUCAACCCAGGGCCAAUGCUGUGCAGCGAAACGGAGAAUGGGGAGGUGCCCCACGCCCUGGAGGUUCUGUGCCACGGAGCCGAGUGCCAGGGCCCGUUUGAUUCGCUGGUGGUUGCCGCGCACCUGCUUAUGAUGGAGACGGGAUUUGUUCCCCAGGACGCAGAGGGGAGGCCUGGUGUGAUGCCGGCGGGGUGGAGAGCAGCGGGGGGGCUGUACAGACUGCAGUACACCCACCCCCUCUGUGAGCACAGCCUGGCUGCGCUGGUGGCGGUGCCCAUGGCCAACAUGCUGGUGUUUAACGCCUCUCUGAAGGUGAAUGAGGCCGUGGACAACGCCAGGAAGCUGCUGCUGAAGCCGUCCUCGUACGUCACGGAGGAGUGGAGGGGGGAGAACGUUGCUGUUGUCUACAAAGACUUGAAGAAGCUUUCUCGCACUUUCAAAGACCAGCUGGCGUACCCUUUGAUUGCGUCAGCGAGACAAGCCAUGAACUUGCCGGCGGUGUUCGGGCUGACGGUGCUGCCGCCGGAGCUGCUGCUGCGGGUGCUGCGGCUGCUGGACGCGGGGUCGGUGCUGUCCCUGUCCGGCACCUGCCGGGAGCUGUACGGCGCCGCCGCCGACCCCUCCCUGUGGAGACACCUGUACCACCGCGACUUCAGGGAUCAAAUUAACAGACCAAGAAACACAGACUGGAAAGAGCUCUACAAAAAGAAGUACAAGCAGAGGAGGGAGGCGAUGCUCUUCCGACGCACCAGGCUGUGCACUCCGGGCCCCCCGUGGCCCCUGAUCUACCAACCCUUCCCCUUCAUCCCCCAGCCCCCCCUCUACCCCCCCGGCAUCAUCGGCGGAGAGUACGACCAGACGCCUGCCCUCCCCCACGGCAUCUUGCCCCGCCCAUACUUCGACCCCAUUGGCCCACACCACAGGCGUAACCCCGGCAACAGGGGUUCUUUUGGCUGGAGACCGCAAGGGCCCAUGGGAAACCGGUCUUCGGACAUCAGGCGAGGAUUCAUUUAAAACCGUCACCAAGGAGACGCUUUUCUUUUUAGUUUUUUGUGCCAGAAUUCAGUGCAGCAACAACCCGCUUCUGACUUGAUUCUUCAGAUUUUGUUGAAAUGCAGUGGGGCCAAAUGUUAUUUCAGUUAUAGCAGUGCACUGGCACGGUUCAUCCUGUUGGGAUUGGAAGUCAGAGUCAGUCUAAUCCAUUGUGGAUCCUGAAAACAUCACAGCCCCUAUCAAUGUGCAUUGCUUCCUGUUCUUGGAAUUUGCACAGUUAACUCAAAUAUUAACCCUCUGCAGUGAUUACGUCUUUCAAACUUUCUACCAGCAACAGCUAAAGUAGCUCCAGCUCACCCAGGAGAGGCUCAAACUCCUCACGGGCCCCCGCAUAACUCAUCAGUAGAUACACGGUUGUGUAACCGUGUAAUCCACCAUGAAGGUCUGUGAAACAGGUAGCUGUGUGCCUGAGUUUGACUUUUCACUUUACUUAUUUUCCAUAAGAAAACCUGAAAUAAAACAAAAAGUUUUCCAGUUUGCUGGUUUACGUAUAUCUGUUGUUUCAGUGGUCCUAUGAAAGACAAUCGCAUCAAUAUGGCAAAACAUGGUCUAAUUAUGGACAGAGUACAUUUAGAGUACUUCCUAACCACUCAACAAAUUAAUAUUGGAAUUUAUUUUUUAUUUUUUAUUUUCUCCCGUAAAACAUACUGGAAUUACUUGAAUAUAUACAGACCUACAGAUUUAUCAUGGUAAAUGUGUACCCAGCAAAUGCAUGCUAGUGUAACUUGGCAGCGACCAUAGUGAGGCAUAAGCCAGCAUAAAUCAAACUGAAUUUUCUAUUUAACAACAUUAAAAUUAUGCAAUUGAACUUAA